AUGGUUUGCUUGGCGUCUCCAGCACGUUCGGCUUUUAAACUGGAUUCAGAAACAGACUGCAGUCUGCACCGGUGGUUCUAUGAUCCCCGAACAAUGGAAUUGACGUGUGUAUGUACAAUGCACGAGGUGAAGAGCAAGGACAGAAAGUUAAUGCAAGACGGCGAUUCACGAGCCAUUCUCGCAAUCCCUGAAGAUCGGUUUAAUGAGCAUGACAAUGUCGGCCAAGGAUCGUUCGCAUAUGAAUUGAACAUUUGGACAACAUCAGACCCAGAGGAUACCGUCGUUUCUCUAGUAAGUAAUCUUACUCCUCAUGUUUGCUAUCUGUAUGAAGCAAUUGUAUGA